AGUUUUUGCCGCGGGCCGCGCGAGCAAAAAGAGCAGCGCUGCGGUCCUCAGAGUCUCAGGACAACCUCCGCAGUACCGCUCAAUACGCCAGUGAUCGACCUUGGCCGCGCGUCGCAUCUGUUCGCGCCGUUGAGACAAAAAAAGCAUCAAACGGGCACAGCGCAAAAAAUCGCAGCGCGCGACGCAAGACGCAAAAAGGAGCGCGCGACGACAGCAAAGAUGAGCGCCGAAGCCCUCGCCGCGAGCAAGUGGCAGGACCGGCGCGAAGCCUGGGAAUCAAUAACAAACGCCGCCGACGCUGAGACGCUGACGACUCACCUGGCCAAGGAGACGAACGGCGCCGUGCUCGACGCGGCGCUCGACGCCGUCGCGCGCGUCGCGGCUCCCGAGCUGGCGCCUGCUUUACCCUACGUCGUCCAGAAGGGCCUCGCGAACGCGCGCGGCGCGACCCAGAGAAGGGGCCUCCGGGCCGUCGUCGCUUUGCAGCAAGUCGCACCCUCUGAAACGACGGACGCCCUCGUCGACGGCAUCACGACCUCGAAGAACGCGCGGGGGCCUUCUGCUUGCGCGAAGGCUCUGACGACGGAGUGCGCGCCUUCCACGGCGUGGCUCUCGUCACAUUCAGACCGCCUGGCGACGGCCGUGGCCAAGCUCGCCUCGGCGGCAAACGGCGACGCUCGAAAAGCCGCGGUCGACCUCGCGGUCGCCGUCGACGACCCCGUCGUUUUCCAGAAACUUCCGGAAAAUGCGAAGAAGGCCGUCGCCAAGCUAAGAGGCAACACACCACCACCGCCGCCGCCCCCGGAAGCGGGCCCGCCGCCGCCGCCCGGAUCUCCGCCCAAGCGCGUCACGAUCAAAGCUCCCCCGCGGAAGGCGCCCUCGCCCGAGAAAGGCGACGACUUGCUCGCCGCGUUGGCGCGGAGGAACAUUACGCCACCGUUCGAUGCGGCGUUCCAAGGCAAGUGGGACGCACGACGCGAAAAAUUGGAGGCCGUCGCCUCGGUCGCCCGCGCUUGUAGCGGCGACGGCGAGGCCCUCGCGCUAGCUGUUGCGGCAGCUUGUGAAGCGGAGCCCCACGCGGCCGUGGCCAAGGCGGCUAUUAGUGCGUGCGCUUCGGUCGCGGGCGUCGCCGGCGUCGUGGGAAGACGUGCUUUAGUGGUCGCUUUAUUACCGAGGCUGCGCGAUGCGAAGCUGGCGUCUCAGGCAUCACAAGCUCUCAAUGACGUCUCAACAAUACAACCGGAGGUCGUCUUCGACGAUGCGACGGUACGAGCCGCGACGGACGCCUUAGCGGCCGGCGCCAAAAGACGUUUGCCUCCACAAGGCCGCGCGUGCGGGUUUCGAUGGGCGUCGUCUGCCUUCGCCGCGUCGUCGAAGGCGCCUCCCCUCUCGACGAAGGCCUGGGCCGCGCUUUGUGCCGCGGACUGUUCGGAUGCACACGGGCCGUUGCGCGCGGCCGCCCGCGACGCCCUUUCGGCGUUGUGUCAAAGGCCGCGCGCCGACGUCAAGUCGGCGCUCCAAAUGUUGGACGCGAAGACGCGCGCUAAGGUACUCGAACGCAAGGAGCCACAGAAGCCGGCCGCCGCUCCGAAGCGCAAGCCCCCACCGCCGAAGCCCCAAGAAGUAGUGGUGUGGCCUCCUCCUCAUAUCACGGAGCGCACGGGAACGAUCGCGGCGUGCGACCUGGCGCCCACGUCCCUCAGAGCGACGCUACGGGCCCCGUCGGAGCAGAGACGGGCCAAGGCCCUCGCCGAGUUACUGAAACGAGCCGCGGGGCCCGGUGGCGGCUUGGAUGCGAGAGAAGCCGACGCGGACCGCGUGUUGAGGGAGUUAAGGCCGUUGGUGGGCGACGCGCGCGCCUCCCUCCGAGCGCCGGCGUGCGACUGCGCGGCGGCGUGGUUGGAUCGCGUGCGGAACCGGGACGACGCUCGAAAACUAGCGGCGAAGACCGGCUUAGUGGUGGAGGCGGCGGCGGCCGUCGUCGACGCCGGGGCGUUGACGGCCUACCGAGCGGCGGCGUUGCGGUUAUUGCAGUCUUGUUGUGGGAAGCGGUGUGCAUCGGAUGACGCGUUGGUCAUCGACGAGAAUGGCGCCAAGGCAAUGGCCAAGGCUUUACAAAAUGCGUCGGGCGCGGGUGCCGUCGCGCUGUUGACCUGGCUGGCCAAGCACGCGGACGCUUGUGACAUCGGCGACGCGCUGGCUUCACCGCUAAUAACGCGGCUCUACGACAAAGCUAGAGCGCCUAAAGACGCGGCCCUCGAAUGUGUAACGGCGCUCGUUCAGAAGGGAGCGCUGGACCGAUCGGCGCUGGAAACAGCGCUCGACGCCGCGCCGAUUGUAGGCCGGCGCGUCGUCGCCCAGUUACUAGAGGGCGUCUUCCGCGAGGCGUCUCCAAUUAAGGUCGUCAAGCGGGUUCCACAGGCGUCGCCGCUGCCCGCGGCCUUUGACUUCGGGGUCGCCGACGACGCGUCGACGCCGGUGGUCGAGGCGGCAUCUCCUACUGAAGCGUUCGCGGCCAUCGAGGCCGCUAUUGACAACGGUGACCGUCCGGCGCUCCGCGCGGCGGCGGCCGCCGCCGCGGCGUUCGACGCCUCGACCUUUACCAGAGACACGUGCGGCGGUGCCAUGCGCGCGGCCAUCGCCGGCGCGCGUUUUGCCGAGCGCGACGCCGCCGCGCGCGCGUCGCUGGACGAGGUCGCUCGCAAAACAGCUUUGGAGGCGCCGCGGUCGUCGGCUAUUGCCGCGGCGUUGGACUUAUUGAGGGGCGCGCCGGACCGCGUCGUGGCGAACCAUUUGGCGCGGCUGCUGACGCUCGGUCUGCGGGACCCGGCCUGGGGCCGCGCGCUCGACGCUCGUAAAGGCGACGCUUUGGUAGCGUGCGCCGAGGUCUUCGACAGCGUCUCGGCCGAGGCGCCGUCUCUGGCCCUCGACGCGGCCAAGACCGUGGCGGCGUCGGCCGUGGACCGGAUUGGUUCUGACGCCGUGAUCGCGUUGAGCGGUGCUGCGGAGGAUUCGCCGCUGGCGUGCCUCGUGCGCGCGCUGGCCGGGGCGCCUCCUUUGAUGAACGUCGAGACGUCGUCGCCGGAGCAGAAGCCGCUCGCCGGCGUCUCCGACGACGUCGCGGCGCUGCGGCGGCGCGCCGCGGCGGCGCGGGCCUCGCUCGGGUCGGCGCGCUCAGUCCCGGAUUCCGCGGGCAAGGACCGGAUUGCCGCGCUGCGGACGCGGUUGGCUGUUGCCGCGCGGACGCCUGCGGUUGCGGAGUAA